UAAAAGUGAAAACAUUAGGGAAAAGCGAGACAUUGCAUGUAAAAUUUACGAAGCAAGCACGACACGAAGCAUUACUCAGUGGCUUCGAAGGUGAGAGUGGUGUGGGACGUGAACAUAACUUCCAACCACGUUACAUUGGUACAAGGUAGGAGAAUAGAGAAUGAUUGAAGAAGGAUUGUCAACUUGCAAAAAGCUGAAUAUUGAAGGGAAUGUGGAUGUCAAUGUGGAUAGGAUAAGCAAUUUACCUGACAAAGUCAUUCAACUCAUUUUGAGUUCACUGGAAACAAAAGAUGCUGUUAGAACAAGUUUAUUGUCUAGAAGUUGGCGUUACCGGUGGUUGUCUGUCACCAAUCUUCGCCUCUCAGAAUGGGCACCGUAUAUGAGCCUGAAGAGGUCACAGUUCCUGGAUUUUGUGGACAGAGUUUUUGCACUUCGUGAACCGUCAGAUGAUCUCAAUCUUGUUGAGUUGGAAUUUUGUGUAUUCAAUGGUGCUGCUCGCAUCAAUUCAUGGCUAUGUUCUGCAGUAAAGCACAAUGUUCAACACUUGGUUCUUCUACUUGAUUGGUUUCUUGAUGAGAUGUUAGAAUUGCCUCAUUGCUUGUUUACUUGUCAUACCCUCAGGGAGAUUGUUAUAGUUGCUGAGGUUUACCUGAAGCUUCCAUCUUCAAUUCAAUUUUCAAAUCUGAAUUGACUAUUGUAUCUUUGACUCAGAAUCGCUCGUUUGGGGAACACUAGCCUUGUGCACAGACAUUGAAGAGAGUGGCAGACAGAAGGAAGUUGC